ACUCCCUUUGUGGCUUUUUCUUUCCUUCAUUUCCCUUAUACACUCUCUCAUCCUCUCUCUUUUCCUCCUUUCUUUCACUCUUCACUUUCUUUCCUUUUUAUACCCACCCUCCUUUCUUCCUCCCUUCCUUUUUCUUCCUUCCUCUCUCUUCCCUUUUUCUUUGUUCCUUCCUCCUUUCUCCCCUCUUUUUUCCUCUUUCUUCCUUUAUCUUCUCAUCUUUCUUUUCCCCCUUCUCAUUAUGGCUUUUCCCUUUCAUUUCCUUCCUUUCCUCCUUUUUCUUUUCCCCCUUCCCUCUCUUCUCCCUUCCUUUCUCAUCAUUUCUCUUUCCUUCCCUCUCACACCUUUAUCCUUUCUCUUUUUCCUUUCCUUCCUGUUCUCACCAGCCUCUGUCCAGUGUUAUAACUCCCAGUAGCCCUAGAUGUGGGUGGGUGGGUGAAAAUGGUGUACUGUUAACAUGUCAGUCAGGUCAGCCUUUUUGUUGGGGUGCAACUCCCAUCAUCCCGAGGCUGUGCAUUGAAGGGUACAGAUGUUGGGAGAUGGGAGUUGGUUUCUAUAAAAUGGAUGAAGCUGCAAAUGAUUUAAAACUGGCUCUUCAAAAUGACUGUGAAUCCCUGCCUAUAGAUAUAGAAGUUCAUCAGAAAUCGAACAGCACUGCAAAGAAAGAAGAUGUCAAAUCAAGUGUCCUGAAGCUACUAAAUAGACAUAAUGUUAUCUUUGGUGAUUACAAAUGGACUGAGUUUGAUGACCAUUUCCUUACAAACAAUGUGCAAUCCAUUGCAAUUGUGGAUACAGAACUAAAGCUGAAGGAAAGACAGCCUAUUAGCCUCCAUAAAUGCAGUCUUUCAAUCCGUAUUUUUCAUCUCAAUGAAGAAGGGCCCAGUACUGAAAAUCUAGAAGCAGAAGAUGAGGAUAUUGUUGCAGCUAAUCACUGGGUAUUACCUACAGUUGAGUUCCACGGUCUGUGGGACAGUCUUAUUUAUGAUGCUGAAGUAAAAUCCAAUCUAUUGGAUUAUGUGACUACGACGUUACUAUUCUCUGACAAAAAUGUCGACAGUAACUUGAUAUCAUGGAACAGAGUAGUUCUACUUCACGGUCCUCCAGGAACUGGUAAAACCUCUUUAUGUAAAGCACUGGCUCAGAAGCUGACAAUUAGACUUUCACAUAGGUACCUUUAUGGACAGUUGGUAGAGAUAAAUAGUCACAGCCUCUUCUCUAAGUGGUUUUCUGAGAGUGGCAAACUUGUUACUAAAAUGUUCCAGAAGAUUCAAGCAUUAAUUGAUGACAAAGAUGCCCUUGUAUUUGUACUGAUUGAUGAGGUGGAAAGCCUCACAGCCGCUCGUAGUGCUGUUCGAGCAGGUACUGAGCCAUCUGAUGCGAUCCGUGUCGUAAAUGCAGUACUGACACAAAUUGAUCAGAUCAAAAGGUAUCCUAAUGUUGUUAUCUUAACAACUUCAAAUAUCACGGAGAAAAUUGACAUGGCCUUUGUGGAUAGAGCAGACAUCAAGCAGUACAUUGGCCCUCCUUCUGCUGCAGCAAUAUUCAAAAUCUACCUUUCUUGCUUGGAAGAACUAAUGAAGUGCCAAAUAAUAUAUCCUCGACAGCAACUGCUGACGUUGCGUGAACUAGAGAUGAUUGGUUAUUUAGAAAAUGAUGUGUCAAAACUGAGUCUCAUAUUAAAAGCAAUUUCAAGGAAAAGUGAAGGACUCAGUGGCCGUGUCUUAAGGAAACUUCCUUUUCUAGCCCAUGCACUUUAUAUUCAAUCACCUAAUGUUACGAUGACAACUUUCCUUCAAGCUCUCUCACUUGUGGUCGACAAGCAAUUUGAAGAAAGAGCAAAACUUGCAAAUUCUGUUUGAUGUUUUUUAUUUCCCUUCUAUAAUGCUUUAGUGUACAUAUUAGCUAUCUUAUUUACAAAAUUGAAUUGUUUUUUUCUGAAUGAACACUGGGACUUCAUAGUAAGAAUGAUGAGCCUCGAACCAAGAGAACAACUCAGCGGAAGUCUUUUUUCCAAGUACAUUUAUUGCUUGUGUACUUUAAACAAAGUACUGUAUAUAUUUAGGUAGUUUAUUUGGAUUUGGUUAUUGUAGUGCCAUAGUUUACUGUUUUUCUUUGAAAUAUGGUAAAUAUUCAAAAACAUUUAACCUA